UCCCCGCCUCGGCUGAAGAGGAAGACGAAACUCGGAGCAGGAAGUGAGCGCGUCGUGUCCUUAGGCGAGCGUCGCCUGCAGCGCCAGUUGUUGAGCGCUUGUUCCCAAAGGGGCUGUUACGUGAAGCGAAGCUCAUCAUCAUCUUAUCUUUGCACCGUUUCUGGCUUCGUGAGCGGAGGUGGGGAACCGUCAUGUCAACCGCCGUUAACGGCCUCGCCCUGCCGGGGAGUUGCCUCCAGAAAACCUGUAGCGUGGUGGUGGUCGUCUGCGUCCUCCAUUUCUCAGUCAGCCUGCUCUACUACUUCAACACUUUCCAGGGCCUGCAAGAGAAGAUCUUCGUUCAGAACCCCCAGCACAAGGAGGUGGGCACGCAGGUAACGGAGAUAUCCAGUCGGACCGUUGGAGUCCCUGCCAAACCUCGGACCACCACCUUGGCCCCUCCGGUUACAGAGGCGGCGGCGGCUCCCCCAAUCGUGGACCUGCCGGCGUGUCCAGAGAACCCGCCGCAACUGGUGGGCCCCCUACGGGUGGAAUUCUCUGACAUCAUCACCUUAGACGAUGUGAGGAAUCAGAAUCCAAAUCUUCAGGAUGGAGGGCGCUUUAUGCCUAAGGAAUGCAAGGCUGUCCAGAAGGUGGCACUGAUCAUCCCGUUCCGAAAGAGGGAGGAGCACCUCAAGUACUGGCUCUACUACCUGCACCCCAUCCUGCAGCGGCAGCAGCUCGACUACGGGGUCUACGUGAUCGAGCAGAGCGGCGAUGCGACCUUCAACCGUGCCAAGCUCUUGAACGUCGGCUACGUGGAGGCCCUGAAGGAGUACGACUACAACUGCUUCGUCUUCAGUGACGUCGAUCUCAUCCCAAUGGACGACCGCAACAUCUACAAGUGCUACAAGGAGCCGAGGCACCUGGCGGUGUCCAUGGAUAAGUUUGGCUUCAGGUUACCGUACAACCAGUUCUUUGGAGGGGUCUCGUCGCUGAGCAAGGAGCAGUUUGAAAAAAUCAACGGUUUCCCCAAUGAUUACUGGGGCUGGGGUGGCGAAGACGACGACAUCUACAACAGGAUUACCUUCCGAGGCAUGUCGAUCUCCCGGCCCGACGGAGUCAUCGGAAAGUGUCGGAUGAUCCGCCAUGACAGAGACGCCAAGAACGACGCCAACCCGCAGAGAUUUGACCGAAUUGCCCGAACGCGGCAGACGAUGAACACCGACGGCAUCAACUCGCUGACGUACCAAGUGGUCGAGGUUCACAAGGACCGCCUGUACACCAAGGUCCUGGUGGAUGUUGGCUCACCGAACAGGUAACCAUGGAGCAGAGACCACCUACAGACUGUGAAACCCACCACCGAAUGUGCCUUCUUGCCCCGUGCCCGAGCUUGGCACCAGGCCACUUUCCUCCUUUUAAGAAGACUCUCCAUUAUAAUCUCUGACUCGAUCGUCAUCUGGGCACUGUGCCCAGUACCCAGCCUUCCCGUGAAGUUGGCGGCACGUCUCACUCCAGUGGUGCCCCCUGACAACUCGCCACGUCUUCCUCUGUUUGCUGUGCACCCCCCGGGCUCUUUGUUCUGAACUCGGGUGUGCAGCGCAUGGACAUUGAGGAAGAAGGCUGGGAGUCAUGGGGGGGGCGUCCUCCUGCCAGGGGCCGUGCCCGGGACCGACAAACGGCAGUCCUCACUGGCGUGGCACCUCUUCAGAUCUCAGGACCCUUUUGCUUCUGCUCUUGCUGGUGUUCACGUAUUUAGUGGGGCCUCGGGUCAGGUGAGCGUGACGAGGCCUGAAACGCUGACCUGGGGGGGUGAUGACAAUCUAGCCUGGGCACCAGGUGUUGUCUCGGACCCCUGGCCUCAUGUUAGUGUGCUUUUGCUCUUAGUGCCUUUUUCGAAGACGUGGGUGAGUUUUUAUUUUUUUACCGGAUGCCCAUAUAGCGCCCCCUGUGGGUUCGUUUGUAUCGAGUGCACGAAUGCCACAAUACAGAAUUUAUUUAUUUAAUAAACACUUGAAGCUGCUCGA